CUUUUUCUUACAAUCAAUAUGAUUAAAUUUGUUACAAAGAUUACUUACAAUUUGUUUUAGGUUAUUGCACACUAAUCUGUGCUACUAAUGAACUACUAGUAUGGAAAAAGGACCUUAUUGGAAGCUUUUAACAUAGAGCUUCAAUGAACAGUUUCAAAAAGUUGAGGGUAUUAUUCGACUUAUUUACCAACAAACAAACCAAAGUAGGGGAAAUAAAAGAGAGCAAAACUUUCCCUUGCUCGUGUGCAAAUUUGCAGUCGGCUGUGUGGAGUGAAAUCUGUACUCAGGAGAUGGCGAAUCAGCUUUACGGCUAUAACCCUAGCAGCAACGCCGGAAUGGCAGGGAGCAACCUUGCUAGAACGACGACGAGAUCCAUGGACGACUAUCUCUCUGCAGAUAAUAAGACAUUGCUUGGUUCUUCCAGUUAUUUUACUACUUCCGGCUAUUCCUUCCCUUCCUCCUCUCCCAGCAUGCUCUUUAAUCAAAGUGAUAGUUACACUCCCACUGCGAGUAGGAUUCCAGGUUUGGCUACUCAAUCCUCAUAUGGACCUCCUGGUGUCGAUGUUACACAACCUUCUGCUGUUGUUGCUGCGGACUCUUAUUUUUCUAGCUUGAAGCGCUCCUCCUCUGACGCACUGUAUCAUCAGACACUUUUGGGUGCACGUAAUACAAUUGGUCAAGCUGAAGCUUGGUUUUCAGCCAAUCCUUUAGCCAAGCGCCCUAGAUUCGAGAGUGCAAGCAAUUUGUCUAUAUAUCCCCAGAGGCCUGGAGAGAAGGACUGUGCCCAUUAUAUGCAAACAAGAACCUGUAAAUUUGGAGAUAGCUGCAAGUUUGACCAUCCUAUUUGGGUUCCAGAGGGUGGAAUCCCAGAUUGGAAAGAGGUUCCAGUUACAACUGAAUCUCUUCCUGAAAGACCUGGAGAGCCUGAAUGUCCAUAUUUUAUGAAGACUCAAAAAUGCAAGUUCGGUAACAGGUGCAAAUUUAACCACCCCAAAGAUAACACAACUUAUUUGGGUUCUGUACAAAAUUCUGGUGUUUCUGACUUACCUGAGAGACCUUCUGAACCCUCAUGCACGUUUUACUUGAAGACGGGAACAUGUAAAUUUGGUGUUACCUGCAAAUUUCACCACCCAAGAGAUAUACAGCUGCCAGCUCCAGAGCAAGAAAAUGGCUCUGUGGGGAAUCCUGGAUCAGCUAAAAAUGAGAUGACCGAGGAUGUGAAUCUAGUCAAGCCGCUUUCUGUUCCAGCUUUAUUGCACAAUUCCAAAGGCCUUCCCAUUAGACCGGGUGAAGUUGAUUGUCCUUUCUACCUUAAAACUGGCAGCUGCAAAUAUGGGGGUACUUGCCGUUACAACCAUCCUGAAAGAAAUGCAGCUGGUAUUGGCCCUGCCCUUGUAGCCUCUCCUGCAACUCAUUGGAACAUUGGAAUGAUUAAUCCAGCUGCCUCUCUCUUGCAAAAUUUUGAUCCAAGACUGACUCAGACAAUGCUUGGGUUGCUUCCACCUGUCUAUCCACAACGACCUGGACAAAUUGAAUGCGAUUUCUAUAUGAAAACUGGGGAAUGCAAGUAUGGUGAAAGAUGUAAGUUUCAUCACCCUCUUGAUCGUUCAGCACCGGUAGUGUCAGCAAAGGAUGUGCAGCAGCCAAAUGUUAAGCUUACACUUGCUGGUCUACCAAGGAGGGAGGGUGCUGUACACUGUCCAUACUACAUGAAGACUGGAAUGUGCAAGUAUGGGGCGACAUGCAAGUUUGACCAUCCACCACCUGGAGAGGUGUUGGGCAUGUCAACAUCCCAAGGGACAUCGUCGUCUUUCGAGGCUGAAGAUAAUGUUAAUGUGAAUGAAUCGCAGCGAUCAUAGCUGAAAUGUGCAAGUAUUGGGCGACAUGCAAGUUUGACCAUCCACCACCUGGAGAGGUCUUGGGUAUGGCGGUAUCCGAAGGGGCAUCAUUGUCUGUUGAGGGAGAAGAUAAUGUUGAUGUGAAUGAACAACAGCAGUAAGGUUAUAGUUGGAAGGCCUUCUUCAGUUGUAUCUCUUUCAAUUACCAUUUUCUGCAACCAUUUUUGUAGCAAACUUGUAAAGCAUAAAUUUGCUUUAGCAAACUUGUAAAGCAUAAAUUUGCUUACUUUUGGAUAUUUAGUGUUGGAAUACAGUUCCUAGUCCACACCAGAACUUGAUGGGACUUAUUUUUCUUGUUAUGAUAUGCUUUUUAAUUGUGCACAAAA